AUGCCCACAGCCAAGCGGCAGAAGAAGAGCGGCGAGGCCCAAACUGCGCCUUCGACUCGAUCCAAAACGAAACACACAGGUGAACGUCCGACUGUUGCCGAUAUCGAGGGAGAGAGCGCUUUUUCUCAGGUCGCCAAGAAGCACUGGCUCAAGCCAACCAAGAAGGCGGUCAAGGUCAAGGUGAAGUACGAGGUUGUCAAGCAGGAGAUAUGGGAUGUUUUAGAGCAUGAUGGCUUCCCAUAUAAGUCUAUAUUGACAUUGGAGAGUUUGCAGACACUAGAAAGUUAUCUAUGGCCUGGAUACACGGAAGAAUCAUCUAAUCACCAUGUACUUUUGGUGGUUCUUUUGGUGAACGUGAAGCGACGUGAGCAGCUCGAGGCAUGGGGCAUAUUUGAGGACCGGCCAGACGAUUUCUCGAGCUUGUUCCGUCGAAUUCUUUCUAUGACUCUCGACCAAACGCUUUCACCCAGCAUCAGGACUCACCUGUUGGCAUUCUUAAUAUCGGCUUUCCAAAGCUUGGACUGCGCCAUUGUGAGGAAGGAAUGUGCGCCACUGGUUUCGAUAUCUAUCUGGCACAGUUUGUCAACUGAGGAACUGCGCGAGGAGAAGCUUGAACAGAAUUCUCAUGUGCGAAAGGCAUGGCGAGCAGCAGCAAAGAGAUAUGAUGCUGCCGAUGACGCCACAAAGGCAAAACUGAGAUUCGAUCGGUCGUGGUUGUACACCUUGAUCCUGCAGUUUCUGAGUUUGAUAUACACAGAAAGCGUGAAGCCAGACCAAGUUUCCUACUGCGAGCGUUUCGUCGAGUUUCUGACAGAUUUGCAAAGUCAACUACCCACUCGACGAUAUGUCAACACUCUUUUGCUCGAUCUUCACGUUUUGCCCGCUAUGCGCCUAUCUCCUGUGUUCAACGACGAGGAAAACAAUCUCCUACGAGACCUUCAUGCGCUUCUCCGCCAUUAUUCGUAUUUUGCGAUUGACGAUCAAACAGGUGCACAGCUAAGCCGGACAGAAGCUUAUGACAGGCACUGCGCGAACUUGUCUAAACUGCAAAAGGUUUCGCUGAAGUAUUUUAAAGAAAAACUUACGGUGUUGGCGCUGUCAAACUACGGGUCUAUCGACAAGAGAGAUGAACUUUCAAGUUUGCUGGCGCCCCUUACGGAUGCCGAACUUGUAGAGCUAACGCGAUUACUUCACCUUCGGACUGGUUACCCUGACUCCUUGCGCGUUAGUAUUGACAGGAAGUUUCUUAUCGAGGUACUCCUCACUACGUUUGAGAAACGAAAGACUUUCCAGGAAGUAACACGCAGUAUGAGCCUUGUGCCAACCGAGCAGUCUCUGUUCGAGAAUAGCAUCAUGAGAACUGACAGUUAUGACGGGUCUCAUCCCCUCGCGUUGCCAAAACUCAACCUGCAGUAUUUGUCUGUCGGAGACUUUCUAUGGAGAUCGCUCGUUUUGUCCCGCGCCGAGGCUUUUUACGGUAUUAGAAAGGAUGUGGAAUCAGCCAUCCGUCGCCUCCGCCCCGAGAGCCGAAAGCCAGGGGAGACUAAUUUUCAGGGGUUUUCCAAGAUGGCGUUACCAACAACCAAGCCUUCGAUUCUCGAAGUUGCCCCGGCAUCUGUUGGGGACGACAAGCCAUCACUGGUUCGGGCGGAAAUCUCGAUUGAUGUCCGUCGGUUGAAUGAUGGUAUAAGACGUGAAUGGGACUCUUUGAGACCCGAUGAUGUUGUCCUUCUAUUGGCUAUCCAGGCGCCUGCUGCCAACAGCAUCACCAACGGAGACGCUUCUUAUUCUGAAGCUGAGAAGCUCGGGAUUGUUACUAUCCGAUCUGCUGAAAUCAUCCAGAUUACUGAUGACAAGGGUAAGGUCGUGCGUGAUGGCGCAGGCCAUUACGACGGUCGGCGGAGGCUUCAGCUAAGACUGGACUCAAGAACGUACGCUUUGGAUGCAGAGCGAUCGUCUGCAACCCCUCCGGAAGCAUACGAGAAAAUCAACGUAGUUUUGCGCCGGAGUGGAAGGGAGAACAACUUCAAGCCAAUCUUGGAAUCUAUCCGCAGUCUGACGCUUUCUGAAGUUCCUAUUGCCUCUUGGUUCCACGAGGUUUUCCUAGGCUACGGUGAUCCGGCCGGGGCAACUUAUAAGCAGCUGCCCAAUCGUCUUAAGACGAUAGAUUACCGCGACACUUUCUUGGAUUGGCAGCAUCUUACGGGAAGUUUGCCCGGAAAAAUUGUUGAGCCUAGUGACGAUGUCAGCGGCAGCUUCGGCCCGCCGUACGUGUUGGAGACAGCGGAAAAGCAGGCUGUUGAGCCACAAGCCAAGCCCUCCAAGAAGCGUCGUCGUGGCAUCGAGCCUGCACUUUUAGCAGAAGUAGAAACUGUGAAAGUGUCGACCUAUAAACCACCAAACAUGGGCCCAUACCCCGUUGAUGCACCGAAGCUGAAUACGGUGCGAUUCACCCCGGCGCAGGUUGAAGCCAUUACUUCCGGAACCCAACCAGGACUCACAGUUAUCGUGGGACCACCUGGCACAGGAAAAACGGAUGUUGCAACCCAAAUCAUCAACAAUAUCUACCACAACUUCCCGGAACAGAAGACUCUCCUGGUUGCGCAUAGCAACCAGGCGCUCAACCAGCUGUUUGCGAAGAUCGUGGCGCUUGAUAUCGACGAACGCCAUCUGCUUCGUUUGGGACACGGUGAGGAAGAACUCUACACGGAAGGUAACUUCAGCAAGCAUGGACGAGUGGAGUCAUUUCUGGAGAAUCGGGACCGGUAUCUACACGAAGUGAAUCGUCUAGCUAUUAGUGUCGGAGCUCCAGGUGCCCAUGGUAACUCUGCAGAAACGGCUGGCUACUUCAAUUCUGUCUACAUCGAGCCGGCUUGGGCAAGAUUCGUGGAACUUACAAAGCACGAGGAUACAACUGUUGCCAAUAUCCUCGAGGCUUUCCCGUUCCAUCUUUUCUUCUCAGACGCGCCACAGCCACUUUUCCCUCCCGAAGCGGAUCGAGACACCGUUCUGGACAUUGCGAACGGGUGCUAUCGACACAUUGAAAAGAUCUUCUCCGAACUGGCUGACGCCAUGCCGUUUGAAAUCUUGCGCCGAGACAAAGACAAGGCAAAUUACCUACUGACAAAUGAAGCUCGCAUCAUCGCCAUGACAUCUACUCAUGCAGCGAUGAGGCGGGGGGAGAUUGCGUCUCUCGGAUUUCAUUAUGACAAUGUGGUUAUGGAGGAAGCCGCUCAAAUUACCGAAAUCGAAAACUUCAUUCCGUUGGCCAUGCAGAAGCCACAGAACGGGCAGAUGGCUCUACAGAGGGUCGUCCUCUGUGGUGACCAUUUCCAGAAUUCUCCAGUCAUUCAAAGUUUGGCGUUCCGUCACUAUGCAAAUCUAGAACAGUCCCUCUUCUCACGUCUCGUUCGUCUGGGGGUCCCUACCAUCGCCUUGGAUCAGCAGGGAAGAGCUCGACCGUCCAUUGCCAGCCUUUACCAGUGGCGAUACCCCAAGCUUGGUAACCUGCCACACGUGGAGAGCGAGGGCGAAUAUCUUAACGCGAAUGCUGGCUUCAAGUAUGACUAUCAGUUUAUCAAUGUGCCAGAUUACAAGGGGCGUGGAGAGACUGAACCGACUCCCCAUUUCAUCCAAAACCUUGGUGAAGCGGAAUACGCGGUUGCCGUAUACCAGUACAUGCGUCUUCUAGGCUACCCGGCCUCGAAGAUUAGCAUUCUCACAACAUAUGCGGGACAGCGCGCCCUGGUGAAAGAUGUCUUGGCACACAGGUGUGCCAACAAGACCAUCUUUGGCAUGCCGAAGAUUGUCACAACUGUAGACAAGUACCAGGGCGAGCAGAAUGACUAUAUCAUUCUUUCGUUGACACGCACAUCCAGAGUGGGAUACCUACGGGACAUUCGUCGCAUGACGGUGGCGCUCUCACGUGCCCGUCUUGGGCUUUACAUAUUGGGACGCCGCGAGAUUUUUGAGGCAUGCUACGAGCUUCGACAAGCAUUUGAGCAGCUACUGGCUCGACCGGACAAGCUCAUGCUUGUCACUGGAGAAUUGUGGCCGGCAGAGAGGCAGCUUGCCGGUGUCGACAAGGCUGAGGUGCCAGGAGAGGUCUGCAUGGAGGGUGUGGAGCACCUUGGGCAGUACGUGUACGAGAUGACCAACACAAAGGUCAAGCAACUUCAAGCGGAAGGCGCGAUACCCGGUAGUGAUAUGGAGACGCAGGAGGCCCCUAUGGACGAAGUGGAAGAGGUCACGGAGCAGGUGGAUGACGUACAGCCGGAGGAAGCGCAAGGCUCCGAAGCGUGA